AGCAGCAGCUCGUCUCACUGCCGCCUCUCUGCACCCUGCUGCCGGCAGGACAGAGCCGUGUCUCACCACUCAGCGACGGUGGAGGAUGAAUAGAGACAGCAAAACUGCUUUAUAAAGAAGACAAGUGUCGAUUUAAUUCAAUUCUUUCUCUCUAAUUCUCGUCGAGGACUCGGGUUGAACGGUAGUCGAGUAACGGUUUGCAUAGUCAGGAACUUUCCUAAAACAUAACGUUAGCUAGUAGCGUUAAAACGUGCUGUUAAAACCUACAGUAGUGUGCUAUUUAGUCUGAAUAGCUGUAUUAUUAUCAUCUCUCCGUGGAUGUUUUGCUUGCUGACGCUUCAGCAGACCUCCAUAAAGCAUUACAGCACUGGGAUGAUGUUGAUGAAGUGAGACAUCCGCUGUCGAGGGAGAUCUACAAGAAAGCCGAUCUACAUAUCUGGGUUAGGACAAUUGUUUGAAUCUCCUCACCUGCAUUCGAACCCUAAACUGAAUCAAGAUGGAUGGAGUAGACACCUUGCAGAGCUCGGCCCCAGAAACCAAGGCUGAGCGAAUUGCUCGGUACAAGGCAGAAAGGAGGAGGGAGCUUGCCGAGCGCUACGGCAACACGGAAGAAAUCACCUCCAAAUACGUCCGCAGGGACAGGAAAAUCGCAACCGAAACAGCGUCUUCAGAAACCAAGGAGAAGGACAAAUAUGAGGAUAAUGGAUCAGAGCAAACAUACACGAGGAGGGGCCUCAGGAAUAAAGUGGCCGAACCUGUGGAGCACGCUGAUGACGAGCCCGCCCAGGAAAAAGAGGAUACUACUCACCCCAAAACAUCCUCUAAAUCAGAAGCUGUCUCCUCCACGAAGAGGCUGCUGGAAACCGAUGACACAGAGGAGCCAAAGGUUGAGGAGAAGCCUGUGGACUCAGCCAAGAGGACUGCCAAGAUGUCUCUUUUUAAGGACCUGGAGGGGACGGGGGAUGGAAGCGGCAGCCGUCGCACCAACGACAGGGUGAAGUGUCAGCUAAUGAGCAGUGACGAAGAGGAAUCCUCUACCAGCCUUCCCAAAACUGAUAAAAGCAAGUUAAUGGAUGAGAAGGAGGCCACAGAUGAACCGUCAUGGAAGGAGCAGCAGGAAAAUGCUCCCACUGUCGAAGAGAAGCCUUCCAGUCUCCUGUCCGACAGAGCUCUCCCCCUCAGCCAGAACAGAGACGUCUCUCCCCCUCCCUCUCCUCCCUGCCAGCUUGCAUCGCUGCAGCGGCAAGACUCCGGGGCCCGGGGCAUCAAGGGAAUCCUAAAGAAAUGCCGCUCCACCAGCGUGGAGUCGGAUCACAGCGAGGGCUCGACGCCGGACUGCGCGCCGGCCCGACAAAGCAGCGUCACCCUCAGCCACCAUGAGAGCGAGGAGGAGAUGGAGGAGAUGGAGGAGAUGGAGGAGGAGGAGAUAGAAGAGGACGAGGUAGAGGAGGAGGAGGUAGAGGAGGAGGAGGUAGAGGAAGAGGAGGUAGAGGAAGAGGAGGUAGAGGAAGAGGAAGAGGUCAAUGGAGAGAAUGACAGAGAAGAUGAGUCAUUGACUGAUGACAUCGCAGACGGAGGGAGCUUCAGCACAGACGGACAACAGCGGGAGGGAAGCAGCAGUGGAGGGAGCUUUGAGGAGAUGCGGAGCCCCUCGCCCGACGAGAGCCUGGAGAAGGCGUCGACAGUGUCGGAGGACGUCGAGGAGCUGGAGAGCAGUUUGGAUGGAAGCCAGGGCUCCUUGCUCAAACAGAGACUGUCAGAGUUCACUAGUGAAAGUGAGAAGAAAGAUCGACGGACGAAGUCCAAACAGUCCAGUCUGAUCCACACAUCACUGGCCGAUCGCUUCGGUCAGCUCCAAGACGCUGAAAACAACUGGAUGAAAAAGAAAUCCGGUGUAGAUUUGGGGACCAAGACGUCGCUGGCAGACAGGAUGAAGGUCCUUAAAGACAAGGAGGAGCAGUGGAAGAACAAAGGCAAAGGAGCAGCCAACGACUCGGUCCAGUUCACUGUGGCUGGACGCAUGGCCAAGAAAGGUCUUGUGACAGAAACAGGAAAGGAAGAGUCGCCUCUCAAGAAGUGUAAUGCCACGCCUGUGAAGCCGCUUGAAGAAAUCUCCAGUAGAACUGAUGUCAAGGUGGAAGGAGAUAAAAGGCUCGACAAGCUCGAGUCUUUCCUCGACAAGCUCCACAAUAAAGGCGUGAGCAAAAGCAAGAUAUCCACCGUCGAGGUGACGGCAGAGACGGAGAAAGAAGUGAUGACCCUGGAUGAUGACGAGACGUUCGGUAACUUCUACAAAUCUGUCUCGCCGUCGACGCUCCACGACUCCAGUAUGGUUCUGACAAUGGAGGACCUCAGUCAGAUCCAGCCCGAUACACCAAAGCUCACCUCAGCCGUAGCAGAACACAAGCGAGCAGUGCGACCACCCAGAAGGAACCAGGGCUCCAGGAACCCUCUGCGGGCUCUGGCUGCCCGCAACGACAUCCGCCAGGUCUACACCGAGCAGAGGCUUAACGUCGCCUCAUUGGAGACAAAGAGGAUCCAAGUGGAGCGAAUGGCAAAACACUCCAAAUCAAACCUGGCCGACGUGGCCUUGGCGGGUCUCGCCAGCAAGGAGAACUUCCGCAAGGUCAACCUGCGCAGCGUGAAAUCCACCGAUGUUGUGACCAACAACAGCACGCUGCCUUUCAACAAGCUCAUGCUCAUUCGCAUCAAAGGUCGGAGGCACGUCCAGGUGCGCCUGGUGGAGCCCACAGCCCACUCUCUAAACAGUGGCGACUGCUUCCUUCUCAUAACGCCAAAGCACUGCUAUAUGUGGAGCGGAGAGUUUGCCAACGUCAUUGAGAAAGCCAAGGCGUCGGAGAUGGCAGCGUUUGUUCAGGCCAAGAGGGACCUCGGGUGUAAGGCCUCCCAGGUGACGCUGCUGGAGGAGGGAAUCAACACUGACAACAGAUGGGCCAAAGACUUCUGGAGCCUGCUGGGAGGACAUACCCAAUACAGAGGGGCAGGGGAGCCAGAGGAGGAUGAGCUGUAUGAGAGCGGGGUGUUAGACUCUAUCGGGGUGUACAGACUCCAGGGAGACAAACUGGUGCCUCAUGAAGAGGCCUGGGCCUCCAUCCCGAGUGUCUCCUUGCUCGACUCUAAAGAGGUGUUAGUGUUUGAUUUUGGCGGAGAAGUGUACGUAUGGCACGGGAAAGACGUGCCCUUGGGUGACAGAAAAGUUGCUGUGAAACUGGGCAAACAACUUUACAGCGGCAGCUACGACUACAGCAGCUGCAGAGUCAACCCUUUAGAUGCCUCCUGCACGAAUACAGAAGUGCCUCAGCAGGGGGAGGGUCGGCCCAGCUGGGCUCUGUUUGGUCGGCUGUCAGAGCACAAUGAGACGGCCCUGUUCAGAGAGAAGUUCCUGGACUGGGCCGAGAGGAAGAAGGAGGAGGCAGCUCAAGCAGAGGAAGUCAAGAGCCCGGUCCACUGCAUUGAACGCCCCUCGUUUGACUUGGACCUGCAGCCGUGUGACGCCAAGGCCCUGCUGGACAACGAGCCGGAGUCAGUUAAGACAGUUCUAGAGGGGGUGAACGUCCAUCGGGGCCACGGCAUGGUGAGGUCCGAUGAUGGAAGACAAGCAGAGCUGUCUACAGUCGCCGUAGACGCCUGGCACAUCAAAGAGCACGGCGAGGAGGAGCUGCCCAAAGAGAGCCUGGGCCAACUGCACGAGGGCGACGCCUACAUCAUCCGCUGGAAGUACUCUAUCACCACACUCGUGGGGAAGCGACAGAAACCUGGGGAGCUGAGUGCCGGCGCUCCUGGAAGAGAGAGGACUGCUUGUUUCUUCUGGCAAGGCAGUCACUCCAGCAUCAGCGAGAAGGGAACGUCGGCUCUAAUGACGGUGGAGCUCGGCAGCCACAGGGGAUCACAAGUGUUGGUGAGUGAGGGAAAAGAGCCUCCGUGCUUCCUCCAGCUCUUCCAGGGAGGUUUGAUCAUCCACAAGGGCAGUAGAGACGACAGUGCCAACAACACAAAUGGCUGGAGGUUGUUCUGUGUCCGUGGCGAGGCAGAGGUGGAGGCCUCGCUGGUGGAGGUAGAUUGCCAGCGUGCCGGUCUGCGCUCUCGUGCCAGCCUGGUGCUUCUUAACGCUCAGAAAGGCGUUCUCUACUUGUGGCACGGCUGUAAAGCGCAUGCCGGUGCCAGGCAGGUGGCCAAAAGAGCUGCGGACAAACUGACCCAGAGGUGUCCCUCAGAGUUGGGUCUGAGCGGCACCAGCAGCGUGAAAGUUGAGGAGGUGGAGGAAGGAUCUGAACCCACGGAGUUCACAAAGGCUCUGGGCCCGCAGGACAAGAAGGCCUACGACUGUAUGCUGCAAGAUCCAGGGAAAUACAACUACACACCCAGGCUGUUCCGGCUGAGCGCCAGCUCCGGGGUGUUCGAAGGGGAAGAGCGGCUGUAUCCAGCCAGGGUGACAGAGGGAGUCAUGGCGAUGCCCUUCCUGCAGGGGAACCUAUACUCCGCACACCAGCCAGCCCUGUUCCUGUUGGAUAACCGUAUGGAGGUGUACCUGUGGCAGGGCUGGCAGCCUGAAGACACAGAGUGCACCGGCUCUGCAAAGAUGCGCUGGAACAACGAGAGGAAGUGUGCCAUGGAGACCGUGCUGCAGUACUGCAAAGAGAAGAAUCCUCGGCGCCCCCCUCUGGCAUAUCUGGUCCUAGCAGGCUGUGAACCUCUCACCUUCACCAACAUCUUCCCAUACUGGGAGAAGGACACCAGUAUCCCUUCAAAGGCCGAGGGCUCCAAGAACAAGGUGAUGUUAGUAAAGGAGGCGCUGUCUCAGCUCAGUAAGCAGCAGUACUCCAUCGAGGAGCUGACCAGGAAACCCCUGCCAGAGGGAGUGGACCCUCUACGCCUGGAGGUUUACCUGUCCGACCAGGACUUCAAGACACUUCUUGAGAUGAGUCGAGUCGAGUUCAACGCUCUGCCAAACUGGAAGCAAAAGAAUCUGAAGAAAAGCAAGAGUCUGUUUUAAAACACAUUUUUUUGUACACAAAUCUGCCUGUUUUUUUUUUUGUUUUUUUUAUUAUGUUCCCAGCAGCUUUUCUUACAUUUAAAAGAAAAAACAAUGUCCUCAUUUUGUAAAGGAUAAAGAAAAGCAAAUGUACAAUUUUGUUCAAAUGUUGAUCUAUUUUUUAAUAGCAAUGCCAUUUUGAAUGUGUCACUGAAAUAUUUUAGCCAAUCAUUAUGUGCAAUUGUUAAUCUUUUUGAUGGCAAGAUGUUUUCCCUGUAUGGUAAAAAAUAGUUACCCUCACAUUAUAAAUAUGUAAUAUACUAUAAAUGAAUGUGUUUUUAUAUCUGACGCCAGACGGUGUCGAUUUUCAUGUGAGAAUGUGAUUGUAUGAGAAUUGCAUGUGGUGUUAUGACUGAGGGGAGUUAUUCAUUGAUUUUUAUAUUUCACGGAAUAAGCCAGCUCUGUGUAAUGGGAUUAAAUUGUUCAGCAAAAAUGUCUCCAUUUAGAGGAUGACAAAGAAAAGAAGCAAAACAAGUCAAAGUCCGGAGAACAAUCCCUAUAAUUUGUAGACGUUUGAGAGAAACGUGGCGGUCUUAAAACCAAGAUUGUAUUCUAAUUGUAACAGCAAAUAUAUUCAGUUUUUAUUUGUUACUGUAGAUGUGUGUAAAGUAAACUCCAUAACCCCAAAGAAAACUAAAUGAAAAAUUAACUCUGACCCAUAACAUUUUUUCAAGUUUGGUACUGAAUACUUCCUGGUUCUCAUGGAUAAUGGCUAGUGAUGGCAGCCCUCUGAUCAACUGGUUGUUAGGGACCAAAUCUAAUCCGUUUGUCUUGUUAUAUAUGUUUUUGUGUAUCUGUGCGUGUGUGUGUGAGUGCGUGAGUGUGUAAAUGUGCAACUUUAAAAGUAUUAAGUGUGUGCGGGUAUGUAAGAGAAAGUAACUUUAUAGCUGUAGCUAACACCAAUGUAUACUGCAAAUGUGAUGUAAUGGUAUGUUAUGUGUAAACCAUACUGUUAAUAGAACUGCCUGUGAUGUCUGAAUUAAGAAAAUCUCUGCAUGAUGUUCACAAAAAUAUCUUUCGCCUAACAAUCGUGUAUUAAUUUGUUGCAAUAUGCAUUUUUUUUUUGUGAUACGUGAGAUCUACAUUAUGUAUGGAGAGACAGCUUCCAGGCCAGCUUUUAUUUCAUGGCACAUAAAUAGUAAACAUCGGUGGUAGGGAAGUGAGAUAUUACAGCUCAAGAUUCCCUUUUAAAUAAAGUAUUUUUAAAAAUG